AUGUCAACACCCUUUUCCGAAUCAGCCCUGACGUCACCUCUUCCUUCUCGCUUCCCUCUCCGCCGCCAUGUCCUCUGGAUCCUCCCCGUCUCGGCCGGCCUCGUCCUCUACGCUCUCCCGAACGCCCGCCCGCCUCCGCCGACCGUCCUCUCGUCCCCGGCCGUCAUCCCGCCACGUCCGCUCACACCGAUCAUCCUCUCUCCCUCCGAGCCGCACCGCACCCUGGCGGCCUCCAUUCGUGCCCUCCUCCGCGCGCACAUAUGGGAGCCCAUCCUCAUUGCGAGGCGCUUCAUCCACCUCCUCUUUCUCUUCGCCCCGGUAAUCAUCACCAGUCCCAUGCUCCUUGUGGGCAAGUCGGACAAGGCCCUGGCGGGCGAUAGGUGGGGCGCAGUCUGGUGGUAUGGCCUUCUUGUCUCCCGAAUGCAGGCCGCUGGCCCAACUUUCAUCAAGCUAGCCCAAUGGGCCGCCUCACGCGCUGAUAUAUUCCCCUCUAUUCUCUGCGAGCGUCUAGGCUCUCUCCACUCUCGCGGCACUCCGCACCCGCUCGGCCAUACAAAAGCCGUGAUUGAAGACGUUUUCCAGCGACCUUUCGAUCAAGUUUUCGAGUCCUUCGAUGAGGAGUCAAUAGGCUCAGGCGCCAUCGCACAGGUCUACCGAGCAACCCUCAAACAAGAUCUCAUCCCACCCUCGUAUCUUGGACCUAGACGCUCACGAAAGACCGCAGCGGGUCCACUUGGUCCCGUCAUCCUUCAGGACCCUCUUCCUUCAGUACCCACAGCUUCCGUUGCAAUCAAAGUCCUUCAUCCCAAUGUUUCCAAGACCAUUUCACGCGAUCUGCGCAUCAUGUCAUUUUUCGCUCGUUGUAUCAACCUCUUCCCAGGGAUGCAAUGGAUAUCCUUGCCAGAGGAAGUGAAUGUCUUCGGUUCUAUGAUGCGCCAGCAACUAGAUCUUAGACAUGAAGCCGACAAUCUACUGGCAUUUGAGAGUCACUUCUCUCCAAGAAGAGUCCCUGUCAACUUCCCAAGGCCGCUCAAGAUAUGGUCAGCGAAGGAUCUCUUGGUCGAGGAGUACAUGAACGCUUUGCCGUUAGAAGCCUUCUUGCGCAACGGUGGCGGUCCGUACGAUGAUGAGGUUGCAACCGUGGGGUUGGAUGCUUUCCUCAACAUGCUCCUUCUCGAUAACUUUGUGCACUCGGACCUGCAUCCAGGUAAUAUCAUGAUCAAGUUCAGUAAACCUCCAACGACACGUAUCCUGCUCGAGAACCUCUAUAACCACCUCUUCCACCGACACUCCACCGACGAGAACGGACUACCUUCCACUAUCGUCUCGGCAGACUACUCCGACUCCGACGCCAUCGUCGGCCGUCUACGCUCUCUCAUCCCUGACCCGUCUGCAUGGCACAAAGAACUCGAACACCUGCACGAUUUCGGCUACGUCCCUGAGAUCAUCUUCAUCGACGCUGGGCUUGUCACGACCCUCGACGCGAAGAACCGGCAGAACUUCCUCGACCUCUUCCGCGCCGUGGCAGAAUUCGACGGGUACCGCACCGGGCAACUUAUGGUCGAGCGGUCGCGUUCGCCCGAGCUCGCCAUCGACACCGAGACGUUCGCGCUGAAGAUGCAGCACCUCGUCCUGAGCGUCAAGCGCAAGACGUUCUCGCUUGGUCAGAUCAAGAUCUCGGACUUGCUGACGGAGGUGCUCAAGAAUGUGCGGGUGCAUCAUGUGAAAAUGGAGGGUGAUUUUAUUAAUACGGUUAUCUCGAUUUUAUUGUUGGAGGGCAUUGGGAGACAAUUGGACCCUGGGCUUGAUUUGUUUGCGAGUGCGCUGCCGAUGUUGAGGAAGUUGGGUGGACAGAUGGCGGCGAGGGAAUCGAUGAACAUGGAUUUACCUUCGAGCAACCUCGGUGCUUUCCUUAAGCUGUGGGUGUGGCUGGAAGCACGCUCUUUCAUUGCCUCAGCUAUCGUCAACGCAGACGACCUAAUAAAAUAUGACCUAUUAUGCCCCAGCAUAUAA